AGUACUCGGUCGAGAAGGGUGUUUGGGGAGUUUGCGGUGGCCCGCUUGAUGAGGGAAAAUAGGAAUAUUCACGUGGAGGCUCAUCAUCAGCUCAUUGAGUUCGAAUUCGUCGAUUCUUCGGAGUUGUUGACUCGAGCCUAAUCGGGUAAACGGGAAUUGGUUAAUUGCCUUUGAGUAAUUUUUGUUUUUUUUUGUCUUCGUUUGGAAUCAUCGAUUGAAUCGAAAUUAUAGUUUUGCCGUCGCGUCGUUUACUGUUUUUGAUGAUAUAUGAUGGUGCUAUAGUGAUGCCCAUUUGAAUGAUCAUCGUAACAUCUCUUUGAAUUUUGAUCUUUGGGGGUGCGUAGUGACAUCCCAGGAGCACCAUCAUUCUCCCCGCACAGCAACUAGGGGCGGCCGUGGCGCCAUGGCCCUCUGGGAUCACCUCCGUCGACGAUAUGGCACACAAAGGUAAAGGCCAUAGCGGUGUGAACCAGCUAGGGGGUGUGUUCGUCAGCGGGCGCCCCCUGCCCGACUCCACACGGCAGAAAAUCGUGGAGCUGGCCCACUCGGGAGCCCGACCCUGCGACAUAUCCAGGAUACUGCAGGUGUCCAACGGAUGCGUGUCCAAGAUACUCGGCAGGUACUACGAGACGGGGUCCAUCAGACCGCGCGCCAUCGGCGGGUCCAAGCCUCGAGUAGCUACAGCAGAGGUCGUCUCCAAGAUCUCGUCCUACAAGAGAGAAUGCCCGUCGAUAUUCGCUUGGGAGAUCAGGGAUCGGCUGCUACAGGAAGGAGUGUGCACCAACGAUAAUAUUCCCAGCGUAUCUUCUAUCAACAGGGUACUUCGCAAUCUAGCAGCUCAAAAAGAGCAGUCUUCUCAGAACCCGCCUUCUACAACAGCCAACGACAGUGUCUACGACAAGUUGCGGUUGCUCAACGGAAACCAACCCAAUUGGAGACCAACACCAUGGUAUUCUGCAGGGAAUACAUUUCCAUUACAACCGCUUAGUCCACCUCCUACCAUUCUCUCAGAUGACACUAACAAGAAAGUUAUUGAUUUGGACGGUCUGAAUUCAGAUGAGACAAACUCAGGAGACAACUCUAAUGCUGGAUCUAGCAUAGGAACGGAUGACGAUCAAGCGAGAUUGCGGCUCAAAAGGAAACUUCAAAGAAAUAGGACGUCAUUUACUAACGAUCAAAUAGACAGUUUAGAAAAAGAAUUUGAGCGGACGCACUAUCCGGAUGUCUUCGCCAGGGAACGACUAGCUGCCAAGAUCGGUUUGCCCGAAGCCAGAAUUCAAGUAUGGUUCUCAAACAGGAGAGCAAAAUGGAGACGAGAAGAAAAAUUGAGGAACCAAAGGAGAGGAACCCAGGCACCAUCGGAUGGGCCAGGACCCAAUACGUCCCCUCCUAGAUUACAAAACUUCGGAAAUACUAGUCCAGCAAUGUACUCGCCUAUCGCACCCUCCAUGUCUAUAACAGAUACUUACAGCACAAUGUCACCUAUGUCCAAUUUCACUCACGGCGGACUAGCAACCAGCAUGGGUCCCUCACCAGGCGCCUGUCUUCAACAGAGGGAAAGUCCAGGAAUGGGAGGCGCCAUGGGAAGUUAUUGCAUGGGUAGACCGUCAGGGUAUGACCUUGGUAUAGGGUAUGGUUCUAGACCGUCACCUUGUAGUCCAGGACAGCCGUAUCACAUGAACGGACAUCAAUAUAAUACGAAUGGAACUUCCACAGGUCUUAUAUCACCAGGCGUUUCAGUUCCCAUAGCCGUACCAGGUCAAACUGAUAUGACGUCCCAAUACUGGCCGCGUAUACAGUGACCCUGGUGGAGUUAAGUGCCACAAACUAAACUCAAAGAGUAAUUUCUAUCUAACUUUUAACUAGAAUUAAAGUGAAUGUACAAAAUGUAACUCUUACGGAUACGAGCGCUAAAACUGUUUCAUAAUAUUUUUAUCAGAAAAUUUUUAAAUAGUGAUAUAAGAAGGGUAAAAAGCGUUGGAUGUUUCAAUAGUUAAGGCGACUAACACUUUCAAGUGUUUUUAUAACUAUUUUUAUUUUAACGUAAUGUAGAUAUUCUAUUUUUGAUCAGAUCACUAUUUUUAUUUUUAGCUUAAAGAAAAAUAUACAGGGUCGUCCGAACUGUAUUCCGGAAAUAUCGGCAGCAUA